CUCUUGUUACCUGGGAGCCGCCGCGGGGGCAGGGCCAGGGCCAGGGCCAGGGCCGGCACCGGGAGCCCGGCCACCGCACAGGAUGGAUCAGAUCUCAGAUGAAGAUGUGGACCAUGCAGUGGAGGAGGACAGUGACCAGGAGGACCAGGACCUCGAUAAGAUGUUUGGGGCCUGGCUCGGGGAGCUUGAUAAACUCACUCAGAGUCUGGACACAGGAAAACCCGAAGAGCUGAAAAAAUCUCCACUUCGUCAAGAAACUAAUCUUGCCAACUUCUCGUAUCGCUUCUCAAUGUACAAUCUGAAUGAGGCUUUGAGCCAGGGUGAUGGAGUCGACUUGGACGCUCUCAUGGCUGACCUCUGCUCCAUGGAACAGGAACUCAGCAACAUCAGCAAAGAGCCUUCAAGGCAAGACAGUGUUGUGGAGAAAACAUACAAGGAAGAGGUGCCAGGCAAGAUGCCAAGCAAAGAAACCAAACCCACUCCAAAACAAUCUGCUGUUCGAACGGCCUCCAAGCACGGCAGCUUGAAGGGCUCUCCAUUAUCAUCAAGGAGUCCCAAAGCAUUGCACACUAACUUUUCACUGGAUGAUAUUGCUGCACAACUGGAACAGGCUACCCUCAGUAUGGACGAAGCAGGACGCCAGGCUAGUACCGUGUCAUUUGAUGUUAAACCCAAUCAGCACAAGAGAACUGGCUCAUCUGGAACUGUCAGCGAUGCAGAUAUUCGUUCAACCAGUACCUCAUCUAGAUCAAGCUUAACUUCCGCCACAUCCAGCCAGGAUUCUCUGGACAUCGACAAGGUCACCCGGCCACAGGAGCUAGAUUUGACCCAACAAGGCCAACCCACAACAGAGCAUUCCUAUCUGGACAGGGAAACGUCAAUCAUUUUGAGAAACAUAGCCGGGAAACCUUCUCAUUUGCUGACCAAGGAGGAACAGGCGGCCAGGCAGAAAGCAGAAAAAAUCAGGGUGGCGCUAGAGAAGAUCAAAGAAGCACAAAUCAAAAAGCUGGUUAUACGGGUCCACAUGUCCGAUGACAGCUCCAAAACAAUGAUGGUUGAUGAAAGACAAACAGUCCGGCAGGUUUUGGGCAACCUGAUGGAUAAGUCCCACUGUGGAUUCAGCUCAGAUUGGUCACUGGUGGAGACUAUUCCUGAGCUACAAAUGGAACGAAUCUUUGAAGAUCACGAGAAUCUAGUGGAGAACCUCCUGAAUUGGACUCGGGACAGUCAGAACAAACUCAUGUUCACCGAGCGCAUUGAGAAAUAUGCACUCUUCAAAAAUCCUCAGAAUUACCUGCUGGGGAAAAGAGAAACUUCAGAGAUGGGAGACCGAAACAAGGAAGCGCUGCUAGAGGAGUUUUUCUGUGGAGGUUCAGUGACUGUUCCAGAGAUAGAGGGCUUGCUGUGGCUGAAAGAGGAUGGCAAAAAAUCUUGGAAGAAACGUUACUUUCUGCUUCGAGCCUCUGGAAUCUACUAUGUACCUAAAGGAAAGACAAAGACCUCUCGGGACCUGGCCUGUUUCAUUCAGUUGGACCACGUGAACGUAUACUAUGGGCAGGACUAUCGCAGCAAGUACAAGGCCCCGACAGACUACUGCUGCGCACUCAAGCACCCACAGAUUCAGAAGAAGUCACAGUACAUCAAGUAUCUCUGUUGUGACGAUGUUCGAACUCUUCAUCAGUGGGUCAACGGCAUCCGCAUUGCCAAGUAUGGGAGGCAACUCUAUGAUAACUACCAGGAGGCUGUGAAGCGGGCAGAGACUGCAUACGAGUGGUCCUCCCUGUCCAGUGCUAGCAUGAAAUCUGGGUCCAGUUCUUCCAGCUUGCCAGAAUCACACUCAAAUCAUUCCAGCCAGUCAGACAGUGGUGUUUCUGACAUACAGUCCACAGGCCACGUCCGUUCCCAGAGCAUAGUCAGCUCCAUUUUCUCAGAGGCUUGGAAGAGAGGCACUCAGCUGGAGGAGCAGCAGCAUACCAAGAUCAGGACAGACUCCAUCAGAUCUCACACCUUGCCUAUACCACCGUCUUCCCCACAGACCAGGAUCAGUGUGCCACAUGUGGUGCCACAGCCCUCCCCGCCCCCAACGCCCCCACCACCUCCUCUGGCAACCACCCCUUCCACAAAAUACAGCACCAUAAGCAGGCAGCAUCCCUCCACCCAGCCAGCUCUACCUGCCUUCAAGGCCCCACUGGUACUUCAACAGUCCUUGCCUCCACCCCCACCUUCACAGCUUGUGAAGCCCCAACUGGUUUUAUCAAGUGGUGGCCAAUGCUCUCCUCCACCAUCACCUCCCUCACCGCCCCCACCUCCUCCUCCUCCUCCUCCUCCUCCACAGAUCCACACUUCAUCUGUUUUUAAGGUUGGACCCCCCAGCCCCUCGCCUGCGCUGCCUCAGUUCACUCCCCCACCGCCACCACAGAAGUUACACCAGCAUAACCAUGUUCUGCCAUUGGUCAAGGAGGCCCCCACUCCUCCUCCUCCGCCACCACCUGCACCACCUCUACCGCAGGGUGCCAUCACCAAAAAGUUGGGGGCUCCAUUUGCUGGGCCCACACACCAACCGCCUCAAACAGCUCCCAAACCAGCAGUGCCUAAUGCUUGCCAAAUGGAGCCCCCUCCACCUCCACCCCCUCCCCCAGCACCUGCCCUCCCGCCAAUGAUGAAAAUCACUCAGAUGCCACCUCCACCUCCUCCUCACCCUACGCUGAAGCAAGCCAGUGUAUCUGUAAACCAAUCCCCCAUCCUUCCAUCCCCCACUAUUUCCAUAGUGAAACAAUCUAUAAAUCAGUUCCAGCCCCUACCCUGCGCUCCAAAGGUAUCCCCGCCACCCCCCAUUCAACCCCCUACCUCUCCCCCAGCUGUGAAGGCAAAACCUAAAUGGCAACCCACUUCGCAGCUUCCAUCCCCUGAGUUCCCCCCUCCGCCACCUGAAAGCAGCUUACCCCAGCCACCACCUCCACCGCCAGGGCCUACUGCUCCUCCCACUCCUGUUAAGUCGGCCUCGAUCAAGAAAUCCCCAAAAUCUUCCAGCCCUGUAGGAAAGAAGCCACCUCCCACACCCCAGCGGCAUUCUAGCAUGAAAGGACCCAAUUUGACUGACAGCAGGGAGCCACGAAAAUCUGUUGACGCUCACAGCAAUGUGUUUGAGCUGCCACUUGUGUCUCCAGGACCUCCACCCCCAGAAUCUGUAGGACCCCCACCAGCCCCUCCAAAGCCUGGUAAAUUAAACUUGGCUGCAGUUAACCUCAUGUUCCCACCAGCAGCUCCAGCAGGCAAAGGGCCAGUAAUUCCAACUGCUUCAAAGGAGCCUGUCUCAGAAUUUCCCUCUCCUCCAUCAGAUUCAGACUUUCCACCUCCACCCCCCGAUUUGGAUCUUCUCCCACCCCCUCCUUUGGAGAUGGCCACCUCUGGCUUUGCGGGGACUGUCCCACCUAAGGUUGCAGUGGUGAACCCUCAGCCUCAGACGUGGUCGAAGGCUUCAAUAAAGAAGGCGCCACCACCCGUGCUUCCCAAAAGGAGCGACAGCACUCGCUUGACACAGGGAGAGUCUGUGGAAAAUCAAAUCCCUCCCAGCUCCCCGGUACCAGUGUCUCCUAAACCAGCGUUGUCCGUACAGCCCCAUUUCCUGGCUGACCUCAACAGGACUCUGCAGAGAAAAUCCUUUACACGGCACGGCUCACUGCCCUCUGGACGCCUGUCCAAGGCAGAGCCCAUCACCACCAUGGACGACAUGGCGCUUCCUCCACCCCCUCCUGAGCUGCUUCUCGACCAGGACUCGUCUCGCUUGUACACAUCUGGCAACAUCUCAGGCUAUGCAACAUUACGACGAGGACCUCCUCCGGCUCCACCCAAACGGGGAGACAACACCAAGCUGAGUAGAGAUUGAUGAUGAGCCAGGCGCCUUCAAACUAUGUCUACAUGUUCCUCCAUAGACUCCUAGUCUACAGUAUUCAGCCCAAUGCAUUUGCUGCCUUUUUUCAAACUGUGGCUGUAUACAACUUCCAACUGAGUUGAAUCAAUCUGAUCUAAGUAGGAUUCCUCUAAAUGAAAGGCUUGGAACAAUGAAGUAUGGUGUUUCACUUGUAAAGUUAAAUAACUCUACAUGUGUAAAUGUAAAAUGCUUUGAUAUAAAAUGGGACCUUGUAGUGGGGGUGGGCUGCUGUGUUUGGUACAUUGCAAACCACUGAAUAAUGGGAGUAGGGUGCUUCAUUUUGUGGUGCAUUGGAAAGCCCUACCCAUUCUUAGUGGUCCUUAGUGUAAGGUCUAGUUUCCCCACUCACUCGGACACAUUAAUGGCUGUAAGUAAACAAGUUCAGAGUCCUGCUUUUGUCUUCAAUCAAUCAAUCAACCAACUAUUAGCAGUUCUCAUAGGACAUCCAGGUUUGAAAAAAAUCGAUGUAAGUGCUAAAUUACUCGGGAAGGGAGAGACCAGGAUUCAGGGCACAGUGUCCUGGAGCCCUUUUACCCUGAAGAACGUUAGAGUCAAUCAGCCAUGGCGGAGGGACCCUUCUUUCUGUUGGCUCUCAACAUUUAAUUAUUUCCCAGUGGAAAUAACUCUGAGAUCUCCUGAGUCAACACUUAGACCAAGUAACCUGCCUCACUACGGGAGGCCGCAAGAUAGCAUGUUGCAGAUGGGAAUAACUUUUAGGGAAGGUAAAGAAACUGUGAGUUGGGGCAGUAAGUUAAGAGCAGGGUAACCUGGUGAUCGAAACCUAGUCUUUCCUCACCUUGAGUAUGAAGGCACAGAAGACAUGUUGCACUGUAUCCUGAACUCCUGUUGAGAGUGGCCUGAACACAAAGCAGAAUAAUUAUAGACAACAGAGAAAAUGAAUGGAGCACUCCAAUCUCGGGGUAUAGCAGUUGCUAGUUCAAAAAAAAUCCACUUGUUGGUUGGUGAUUUGGGGAUCUUUGUCCAAAGUGGACUCCAAUUAGUUCAUCCAGGACUGAAAGACCAUUUCAACACAACGGUGCAUGUCAGUGUUUAACUCCCUCUUUGUUAAACCUUCUUUGACCCAAAGCCACAACACAAACAGACUGCAAAAAAAUAAACACAACUCCACAUGCAAGGUGAGGCUCUCAGGCCAGAUUGAUUCAAUAUUAACUUUUCUCUGGCUCUUACAAGCACUUUGUAUUAAAACCAAUGGUGAUUUUCUCUCCAAUACCUUGGUUCUCCAUGUGUUUUUAGUUUGUUUUAAAAAGCAGGGAAAGGCUGUCUUAAUGUGUAACCAUAGGAGUCCUUGAGUUUUGGAGUCCUUGAACAAACUGCAGAAUGCGAAAUGAGAACCAUAAAACAAAUGGGUCCUCAUUGUAAGAUUUUUAUUUGAGAAUAAUGAAGUUAGUGAGGUGUCUGUGUCGAAUAAUUCCAUGUCAAAUAUGUGUCUUCAAAUAUUGUGUUCGGACUUGAAAGCCUGUGACUCCCAAGUGAAACCAGUGGCCAGUUCAAAGAAUCAAAAACAGAAGUGUGCUUUUUGAAAACAUACCAAUUGAAUAUUGUGUGUACCAAUAUAGAUCUGCUGCUGCUUGACUCUUUGUGCAGAAAAGUUCCAGGAUCUGGACAAACAGUAUAUCCAUGAGCCAGCAAAUGAUUGAAAGUUCCGUUUGGCCAAGUAGUUUUGUAAGAAGUACAGAUUACGGUUGCCAGAAAAGUUUAUUGAAGCCAUUUAGUAAAGUAGAUACUACCAGUGAUAGAAGAUUUCAGGCUGUUGACCUUUGUUCGGGCUUUGUUUCCCAUCAUCAUUAUUUUUGUUUAUAAAAUGGUAGUUGGCGCAUUUACUGUUGUGGUGGUGGUGCUGUUAUUUGAAGCGUUCACUAGCAGUAUCUCUAGCCGUACAGAUGCAUUUGCAAAGUUGCAUCAGCUCUGCUUUCACUUCAGAACUUUUUUAUAAGGUAGAUAAUAAUGUAGGAUUGGAGAGAUAAUCCAAAAAGCAUGCAGCUAUCCUGGCCUUGCACCUGAGUGCUGAUUGACUCAAGUGUCUCUGUGAGUUGCAGAUGCAGAGCUGAUAGGCACCAUAGCCUCUUUGAACCAUAGCUGAGGUGCUCUAUUCAUGCAUUUUGUUAACGAGCACAUCUCUUGGAUCUUUGCACAGACCUAUUUAUUAAUACAGGACUCGCAGCAGUCCUAUUCCCACUGCCAAAUGCUAAUUCUCUGAGCUGCCUGCUGUUUGUAUACAGCAACAUCUGGUUUACAAGCCAGAAAACCCAGUGACAAUCGAAGCCACCUUCUUUCGCUUUAAAAUUACUAAUCUGAAGAGAGACAUUUUCAGCACAGAAGGAGGGCAUUUGGUUCAAGUCUGUGCUACUGCUACUAAAUCACUUUUUAAUAUCAAUCCUGUUUUCCAGCUCUUUCUAAAUCUGAUGCCAAUUGAUGUUUCUAAACUAUUGAUGAGACCUGUAUGUAACCGUGUCCCGGAGAAUUGUACUGGGCCAAGCACCUGUAUCUUUAGGGUUCUGUAUCAGCACAUUUCCACCACAAACUCCACUGUCAGGUAAACAUUGACACCGCAGUACCUCAUUUAUAGCUGCUGGAAAGUUUGUGACAAAAUUAAUGGUGCUACAGUACAGAAUGAGCAAGCCUGGACCACCUCCUCCACAAGGAAGCUGUCUGGUGCAUAAGGGAAUUUAAACUCUCAAUUGACUGAAGGUAUCAUGAGUGACUAAAGGACACAGGAAAGUGUCAUGUGGAGCUUUUAAAUCUUGCUUCAAAUAUGAGGAAAAUAUUAAGACGUUUUAAAGGUCUAAGAGUUGGAGUCUUAUAGUUUUAUGAGAGGUAGCAUUGAUUUGGGCAUGGCCCACGUAUUCCUACUUUAGCAAAAACAUUUCUUAAGAAAAGGUAAGCUAACUUUUCUUGACUGCAUUAAUUGCAUUUCUGGGAGUUAUGAAAUGAAUAGCGCACAAAAGAGAGGUUUCCUCUCUCACUUGAUCAGAGUGUGUGUACCUGGGUUAAUUUGUGUUUCUUAUUUUCAUCCGCACAGUACAGUUAUUUGCUUAGUGUAAAGGCAGCAUCCAGGGGCUGAAUCAUGUUUUUGGGCUUCUCUUUUUUAAAAAAAUCACUAUUCAUUUUUACAAUUGUAUUCCACCAAUCAACUUGCAAACUGCUGUAGUACUGAAACAUUGCUGCCAGCUACACUGCUGAGGUUGCGUCACUGUACUCAGCAGCUACACAGACAAGUCUACAGUUGUACUGUAACCAUGAUUUCACAUUGAGAUGAUGUGACGUAAACAUAUUGUAAUGCCUUUUUUUAAAAAAAAAACACGACCAAAAAAUGAAAAAGAAACCUCUUACCUGCAUCAAAUGUGGGUCAGGCACUUGGGGAGUUGGAGCAUGUCAGAAGUUGGUUGCAGUGGCCGGAAGUCCAGGCGUUGCCACUUGCUGCACUCCCAGCCCAUUGGCUGGUUGGUGAUUGCCCCUCGGGCCAGCCGGCUAAUUGCUAAGUUGAGGGAGAGCCAUUCGCCCGAGUGCCCGGCUCCACACGGUCCCACUGCGACCUGAAGCAACCUUCAAAGUAAAUUCUACAGGCUGACUGUCCAGUCAAUACUAUAUCUUUCUCCCCGCCUUGGGUGAAACCUUGGAUGGUGAAGGGUUUUUGCCAAGUCGAGACUAGUCAGUCAGUCAGUUAAGCCUGGCCUAGGGCGCAGAUUAACCAGAAGCCACAUGAAUCAGCCUGGUGACUUGUGUGAGUACUAAACCUGCUUGUUUUCUGAACGGAGUUUAUUUUUUACAUUUCUUCCUGAGCUCAUUGCAAUAUUGCCAUGUUCACUGAUUUGUGGAUAAAAGGCUGAAUGUACCAACCGCUCUUCAGUUGGUUAUCAUGGCAAAACUUCAACACACUUCAGCAGUGCAGGUCACAUGAGCUGACUACACUUUUAAUUUUUUCUUUCCCAGAAUGUUUUAUCUAAACCUCUUUUUAUACUCAAGUGUGUUUCUGUGCGAGUGUCUUGUCUUUUUUUCUGUCUUGUCUUUUUGUUUGUCUGUAUUUCUCUGGCCUGUAUCUAUGUGUGUCUCAUAACUGUCGGUAUGUCUAGCUCUUACCCUCUUUUUCAUUCCAAGUCUUCAUGUGCGUUUCUCUCCCUCGCAUUCUCCACCCUACCAGGUCAGUACAGAAUCUUGGGGUCCUGUUUGACACUCAGCUGUCUUUUAAACACAUCCGUGCCAUGAUCCAUUCUGUCUUCCACCUCUGCAACAUUACCCACCUCCACCACUGUCUCUCCCCUGAGGCUGCCAAGUCCCUCACCCAUGUUUUUAUCAUGUCUAGGCUACAUUAUGCUAACUCCGUGCUCACCAGACUUUGCAAGCCUUCCCUCCCCAAGCUGCAGAUUAUUUAGAACUCUGCAGCUUGUGUAUUCUCCCACAUCAAGCUCCGUGAGCCGAUUACCCUCAUUCUCAUCCAUCUCCAAUUGCUUCCCAUCCCUCAGAGGUUUGAAUUUCAGAUCCUGGUCUCACUUUUAAAGCCCUCCACAGUCUUGCUGCUCCCUACUUCUGUAACUCCCUAAAACCUUACCAAGGUGCCUGCUCCCUUUGCUCAGUGGGCACUGGCCUGCUCCAUGUCCUCCUCCCAGCACACCCGACCGUCGGUGGUCAGGCGUUCAGCCUUUCUGCCUCCACCCUCUGGAACUUCAUCCGAUAGUCCUUUCGCCUAACCCCUCCCUUGCCUCCUUCAAAGCCCAUCUCAAGUCCUUCCUUCGAUCAUAGUCCCACUUCCAGCCCCCUUGUCCUCCAUCCCUCUUGACUCCAACCCCAGCUUGGGUGCAAACCCCAAUGUGAAAAGCACUAUAUAAAUGCAAUGUUUGUUGUUGUCGCUUGUAUCUCUGUGUUUGCACAACGUUUGUGCAUCUGUCUCUGUAGGUUUGUGUGGGUGCGUCUACAUCUUCUCAGAAUGUACAGGUAGAACUGAAUUCUAACUGAAAAGUAAACUGUGAUUUGGAGCACAGGAGUUGAGCAAGUUUUUGCAUCCUGUAUCUUAAUUGAUAACAAGAUUAUGUGUGACCUCUCUGAUAGGUGCCCUUUCUGAUAACAAGAUCUGAGCAAAGGGGAAAUUCUCAGACUUGAUUUUUAUUUUGGUCCUGACCCUAAAGAAAUCACAGCUUUGAAAGUUUCAGCAAAAGGAAGUGUAUUUUGGUGCGGAAUGUGCAAAGAGGUGUGAAGAAAUGGGAAAGGAUUCUGCAUCUCAUUUGUAGAUCCAAGUAGGUAAAUUAGUGUAAGAUUUGUGAUGUAUCCCAACCUUGAUAGAAACCUAGAGUGAUGCCAAUUUGUUUCUCUCUCUGCCUUCCCAUAAUCUUGGCAAUGACAGAUAGAUAUUCAUGUGGAAAAAGAUCCGGUUCCUAGGGGAUGCCUGAUGCUAUUGGUCUGUUUAGAUUCCAUGGAGUAAUUUAUUUCCUUCCCAACUGUUUUAGAAAGAAUUGGUGUGUUCAGCUAAUAGGAUUGUGGUCACUUCCUCUGCUUUAGGCAGUGUCAGUUUUGCAGACUGUCAGGAGUGUAUUUUUAUAAAUGGAUUUUCCAUGUAUCUUGCCAGACAUUGAUCUGAUGUAAUUUUUAUUGCAGCUGAGGCAAGGAGAGGAAAUCCACGGCUAAUCACAGCAUUUAUAAAACAAGGUUGAGACUGUGGGCAGAGGAGAGAAAGGGUCAGGAGAGGCGAUCAGUUUUUUUGUUACCAGAGAUUGUCACUGUGGAAGACUGUAAGUGUAAGAAAGAGCAAGGAGAGGUGAGUAGAUUCAAGUGACUCGUGUUUGUCACUGCAUGGAAAAUGAAGUGGGGAUGCAGAGUGUAACGGAGUAGCUGUCUUACAGAUACAGAUUGCUGGUUGCUGACAUACCAAGUAUGUAGUAUGACGUUUGCAAGGUUAAGGUACUGAGAUGGGAUGCUGAUAUCUUUGUAUACAUUAGUUAACUGCAUGCUGCUAUACAGAAUUCUGCAUUUCCCGAUGGCGUUUUGUUUCACAAACAAUCUCAAUUUUGAUGAUGGGUGGGAGGGAGAGAGGGGGUUCUAAUUUGCAAGUAAUUGCAUUGUUCCAUUUGUAGUCACUCCAUGGCAGUUUGUGGGACAUGGCUGUGUGCA